UCCGUACCGGUCACGUGACGGUCAACUAUGGCGUCCACCUCCUAGUGAUGGAGGCGCAUCGUUGAUAACAACAAAAAACACAACUUUGCUCUUUUAUUUGUACGCUGCCACAAAUCGGAUUUACAAUGCAGAAGAUCAAGUCUCUUAUGUCCCGGCAGGGCCUGAAAAGCCCCCAGGAAAGCAUGGCAGACCUCAGCCCAGUGGAGAGCCUGAGGAUCCCCAGCAAGGAGGAGUUGCGGGAGCUGAGGGAGCAGCCCAUCGACCCCCAGGUGGAGCAGGAGAUCAUUGAAAGCAUCGAGGAGGUCUACUUCUCCACCGACUCCUUCGACAUGGUGCAGCACGAGCUGGAGAAGCUACCACCUGAGCUAAAUCUGCAGGAGCUGGAGGAGUACAGGGACAAGCUGAAGAGACAACAGGCGGCAGUUUCUAAAAAGGUUGCCGAUCUUAUUCUGGAGAAACAGCCAGCUUAUGUCAAGGAACUGGAGCGAGUGACCGCGUUACAAGCCAACCUGCAGCUGGCGGCGGUCAUUUGCACUAACGCACGGAGGCAGCUGAGCAUGUCGAAGGAGGGAUUCACCGAAGCCAGCUUGGGUCUCCUGUCCAAUCAGAGGAGGCGACAGCUGCUGACAGGGUUGCUUAAAUCACUGAGGACCAUCAAGACACUGCAAAGAACAGAUGUGAGACUCAGCGAGAUGCUUGAGGAGGAAGACUAUCCCGGCGCCAUCCAGCUCUGUCUGGAAUGUCAGAAGGCUGCCAGCACCUUCAAACACUACAGCUGCAUCAGUGAAUUGAAUUCCAAACUACAAGACACUCUGGAGCAAAUAGAGGAGCAGCUCGACGUCGCCCUGUCGAAGACUUGCAAGAACUUUGAUGUUUCGCACUACACCAAGGUCCAACUGGCCUACACCCUCCUGGGCAAGACUCAGACCGCCAUGGACCAGCUCCACAUGCACUUCACCCAGGCCAUCCACAACACCGUGUUCCAAGUGGUGCUGGGAUACGUGGAGCUCUGCGCCGGCAACGCCGACACCAAGUUUCAGAAGAUGCAGUACAAGGACCUGUGCACGCAUAUCACUCUGGACAGCUACAUUCCCUGCCUGACUGAUCUGUGCAAGGCAUUGUGGGAGGUGAUGGUUAGCUACCACCGCACCAUGCAGUGGCACGAGGAGCAUGACAAACACGAGGCCACGCCCACUGCAGAUGGUGCAGCGGCAGCGGAGUCUGAUGACUCGGUGGUGGACCGCAGCUACGUGAAGAAGAAGCUGGAGCACGGACUGACGCGGAUCUGGCAGGACGUCCAGUUGAAAGUGAAGGCCUACAUCCUGGGGACGGACAUGUCCAACUUCAAGUACGACGAUUUCAUCGUGGUGCUCGAUGUCAUCAGCAGGUUGAUGCAGGUGGGGGAGGAAUUUUGCGGUAGCAAGUCCGAGGUCCUGCAGGAGUCUAUCAAACGCCAGAGUGUCAACUACUUUAAAAACUAUCACAGGGCACGGCUGGAAGAGCUGAGGAUGUUUCUGGAGAAUGAGACGUGGGAACUUUGCCCAGUAAAGUCUAACUUUAACAUCGCCCAGCUGCAUGAGUUUAAGUUCAUGGGCCAGUGUCGUUCUCCCUCCGUCUCCCCGAGCAGAAGGUCCUCGACCGCCCCGGCUCAGGACGAGCUUUCCCUGUUCCAGCAGUACCAUCAGGAGGGAAACCCCUUUGAGAUGCGUGCUGAGAACAAAGAGGAGGAGACUGAGGACGUGCUGGCAUCUAACGGGUACGAGUCAGACGAGCUGGAGAAGAAUGUGUACCAGGACUACGACAGUGACAGUGACGUCCCCGAGGAGCUCAAGCAGGACUACGUUGACGAGCAGACGGGGGACGUCCCGCUCAAGAGUGCGUCCCGAGAGACCAUAAGAAGCAAGAAAAAGUCUGACUACAACCUUAAUAAGACCAAUGCACCGAUUCUCACCAAUACCACCCUCAACGUCAUCCGGCUUGUCGGGAAGUACAUGCAGAUGAUGAACAUUCUGAAGCCGAUCGCCUUCGACGUCAUCCACUGUGUGUCGCAGCUCUUCGACUACUACUUGUACGCCGUGUACACUUUCUUCGGACGCAACGACAUGCCCGUCCCGAGUCCGUCUCUGCCGACUCAUGGUGGCAGAGACGCGGGGCCUGUCAGGGUGGUGGGCCCAGCUUGCUUGUAUGAGUCAUCGGGUCUGGGCCUCAUCAGCAGCAGACUGAGAACCACACUGAACCGGAUCCAGGAGAGCCUCAUUGACAUGGAGGCGGCGGCGGAGAACGCACCCGCCCACGGGGCAGCGGAGGACCGAAAGGAGAAGGUGCCGAGCCCCCAUCUCAGCCAGCUGGUGGUCCUCACUAACGGCGGGACUCUGUAUGGGCUCGCACAGAGAGUGGUGGCCACCGAGUCUCUGGUGUUUCUGGCCGAACAGUUUGAAUCCCUGCAGUCCCACCUGGACACCAUGAUGCCUGCAGCAAAGAAGCCCUUCCUGCAGCAGUUUUAUUCCCAAACGGUGUCUACGGCCAGUGAGCUUCGGAAACCGAUAUACUGGGUUGUCGCGGCGAAGGCCAUCGACUACGAACAAAUGUUGCUCCUUAUGGCUGGCGUUAAGUGGGACAUUAGGGAAAUAAUGUCGCAGCAUAAUGUGUAUGUGGACGUCCUGUUAAAGGAGUUUGAGGAAUUCAACAAGCGGUUGCAGGAUGUUUCCAGGCACGUGCGCAUCCCGCUGCCUGUGUCCAACGUGCUGUGGGAGCACUGCAUCCGCCUGGCCAACAGGACUCUAGUAGAAGGUUACGCUAACGUGAAGAAGUGCAGCAAUGAGGGCCGGGCCCUGAUGCAGCUGGACUUCCAGCAGUUCCUCAUGAAGCUGGAGAAGCUGACGGACCUGCGGCCCAUUCCCGACAAAGAGUUUGUGGAGACCUACAUCAAGGCCUACUACCUCACCGAGAACGACAUGGAGCAGUUCAUCAAGAACCACAGGGAGUACUCCAUGAAGCAGCUCGCCAACCUGGUGAACGUCUGUCUGGGCUCGCACAUAAACAAGAAGGCCCGCCAGAAACUCCUGGCGGCCAUUGACGACAUUGACCGACCCAAGAGGUAGUCUGAUGGGCGGAGCCUGAACGCGGCGAGCAGCCCCGCGGCGGGACACUCCGGCAGAGGAACUCCGCACAGAAUGUUUUCCAUUUUCCUCUUCUUCUUUUUUUUUUUUUUUUCCAGCGAAGCUCAAACGUUAGCCAAAUGCUAGGUAUUUCCCACGUGGUCAAAACACAGGACUGACGCGUUCACUCUCGAGCACGGCGCCACGCUCACGGUACACGCCGUGACGUGAAGUGAAGCAUGACCAUGCUCAAUGUCCGAGACAACCCCCCCCCCCCCCCC